CCAUAUUUUUCGUUAUUGUUAAGUGAUGAAUUGAAGAUCGUCGCGAUUUUUGUAUAUGAAAAUAACUCGUGAAGGUUUCCUCUCAUGACUUGUCACGAGCUUCACAGAAAGAAAGAUAUAUGUAUUAGCCUUUGUUAAAUUGGGAACUGAGUAAAAGCUUUUCCAGUAUCAUGGACAGCUCUUAUCAGAAGGUGUCACAGGACCCCGAUGAAAGUGAUGAUCGUCACGGAUCGUACCAGCCAUAUCAUGAUGACGAUGAGGGCUAUGAAGGUAACUAUGGCUACAACUAUGGAUACAACCCUUAUCGCCCUCCUGUUGGUGGACUCAAAGGAAAGGUGGAGCAGAAAUAUUGGCACACCAAACAAGCCAUGAUACAAAAGCUGGGAAAAGAGCAGGACUGUUAUGUUGUGGCAGGGGAUGCUGAGGUUGAUGCACGCCUGGAGGCAUUUCGCCAUAUUCAGAAGACAUGCAUAGACAUACUGAAGGCAGUAGAAGUGUAUCAAAAUAGGAUAUUUGCUUUGUCUCAAGAUGAAAAUGAAAUGGGACGGUUUCUACGAGAGCAGGGCUCCCAGGAUAAAUCAAAAGCAGGAAAAAUGAUGAUUGCUGUUGGCAAGGCUCAAAGUUACUCUGCACAGCAACGGCUUAGUCUUAGAACUCCACUGGUGAGGCUUUACCAAGAAGUCGAAACAUUUCGUUUCCGUGCGAUCUCAGACACUUUCCAGACUGUAAAUCGAAUGGAACUGUCCAGAACAGACUACAGAGCUGGGCUCUUGUGGAUGGCAAACAUUUCUAAGGAAUUAGAUCCUGAAGAAUACAAGAGAUUAGACAAGUUUAGAGAGGUUCAAGCCAAAGUCAGGAAGGGUAAAAAGAAAUUUGAAAAGCUGAAAGUAGAUGUUAUGCAAAAGAUAGACCUGCUGUCUGCUAGUAGAUGCAACUUACUUUCAAGUACACUUGCUGCAUACCAGCAGGCUUUGCUCAAGUUUUGGGAAAACACUUCUCGAACUAUGGUACAAGUAUCGGAACAGUUUAAGGGAUUACCCGCAUAUCAGUUUCAAAUGUUGAAGAGCCUUAAUCCUCUGACUCUGGAAUCUGACGACAAGGAGAAAGGAGAAGAAGGAAAAGAAACGAAACCCAGCAGAGAACCCGACAAUGAAAAACAAGAAUCAGCCAACAGCGGAGAAAAGAAAGAAGCUUCAAAAGAAGAUGACGAUGAUCAGUUAAUUUCUCUGGAUCAUUCACCAUUAGAAGAGAAAAAGUCGCCCGAGGAUGAGAAUAAAAAGGCUGAUGAUGAUAAUGAUGACAAGGCACUUUUAGAAACAGAUUUAUUGGGAGAUGAUGAAGUCUCCAAUGGUAAUGUGGGUGAAAGAGAUGAAACGCCCUUCAUUGAUUUGCUGGGUGAUGAUGCUUUGAUGCCAUCAAAACACAAUUCAGGUUAGAACAGUUACUGUACUGUUACAUAGAACUUAACAGUGUAUGUGAGACACCAAGGGGGUUUCAAGUGAAACACAAUUUGUUCCUUGAUAAUUUAAAAGUAUCCAUUUAAACUCCUGGCCUGGGUUGUUCGAAGGAUGGAUAAUGCUAUACACUGGA